GCGCAACUUUCCAGGAUGCCCUCCCUGGACUGGCGGUCUCAUUCCCAUGGGGCCCUGUGCCAUAUGCCCUCACGAGGGGCAGCCUUCUUUCUGUAAUGCCCCCGCAGCAGUGAGGCGCCACAAUUUUGAAUUUGAUUUCAAACGACGUUGUUGUUGCGCUGCCGCUACAUUCUUCUUGACGCGCUGCAUGGAGAAGCUGCUGGAGUGCAGUGCAAACUCUUCUCAGGCUGCCUGCACCGCGGAGAAGAGAUUCAUUCUCAUUUUGCACAUUUGAAGAUCUGCAGUUGGUGCUGUUGUUGGUGUAAGACAUACUGCUGUUGGCAGCAGAGCUGCUGCUGCCAUUGCAUAUGCAGUUGCUGCAGUAUCUGCUGCUGGAGCAAUAGGCGGGCCUCGUACUGCUGGUGUUGGUAUUGCGCUAGCUGCGCUUGCAGCAGUGUACGCAUCUGGUCAUCACACUCAUUUGGCUAGAGGCAGUGCGAAUGUUGUUGGCACUGGCCCAGGGAUUGAUGAAUCUGCAUAUGAGUUUGCUGUUGGGGCUGCUCCGGCUGCUGUUGGCAGCGUUCUUGGAACUGUUGUUGUUGGGCGUCCCGCCAGUGAUCUUGCAAUCGGUAUUGUUGGGCGUCCAGGCAUUGGUGUUGUUGACCUUGCGCUUGCAACUGCAUUUGCUGGGCCUCCAGCCUAUGCUGCUGUUGGCAUUGGUCUUGGAGCUGCUGUUGCUAAGCAUGAGCGAGUAGUUGUUGUUGCUGUUGGGUGUGGAUCUGUUGGUGACACAGAUCGUGCAUUUGCUGUCGUUGCUGGUCGUCACUGUUGUGACGCUCAGGGGACAGGUAUUGAUGCUGCUGUUGGUGUUGGUGGUCAUGCAAUUGCUGGCGGCCGUGCUGUUGAUCAAGCUGCAGCAGUUGAUGCCCCUGAAUUACGAGUUGCUGGGUCUCCGGCCAUUGCUGCUGAUGGCGCUGCUCUUGUAGUUGAUUUUGCUGGACCUGGUCGAAUUGAUGUUGCUGGUGCUCAGCGGACAGGUCUUGGUGAUCCUGUUGGCGCUGGUGGCGAAGCAGUUGUUGGGCGCCUUGCUGUUGAUCCAGCUCCAACAGCUGCUGGCAUUGUGUUGCGAGGCCAGUCGACAUCUGCAUCUGCCGGCCCCCCCCUGCUGUCGAGGGACGAGCUGUUGGAUCCCUUGCACGGAACGUUUGCAGGAGCUUGAGCUUUCUUUGGAAAUCAAUUGCGUUGCUGGUGAGUAUGAUAAAUUCAAUUGCCAUUGCUGGCCUGCGGGCCUAGCUCAGUUGGUAAGGCACAGAAGUGGCAUUCAGGAGGUUGUGGGUUCAAUCCCCAUUGGCCUCACGACGUGCCUGGGCAAGCUUGGUGUUCUUCCAGCUAAGAUAACCCGUUGGCCCCCCACGCCAGCAUUGGCAGGACCUUGGUUGAUGUUGUUGGUUGCUAUGCAGCGACAAUAUUGGCCAUUAGACACCGCCAUGU